AUGGCUACACUUCUGGAAGCUAUUGAUCCUGAAUACUUGGAUAGAAUUUAUGAUGGUCCAUACAUGCCAACCAAGCUGUCUGCUGCGGUGGAAGAUCAACCACAAAAAUUGAUUCCCAAGGAAAAGAAGGAUUAUACUCCAGAAGAUCUCUCCUCUAUGGGUAAGGAUGCCAAGGUAAAACUUUUGUUACAUAGUGCUCUUGAUAAUGAUAUGUCCAAUAGAGUCAUUGGUUGCAAGACUGCUAAGGAGAUAUGGGAUGCUUUGGAGAUAAGAUGGCAAGGAACCAAAGCUAUUAGGAAGACAAUACUCACGCAUGAGUAUGAGGACUUUGCCUCAAAGUCUGAUGAGUCAUUAAGUGAUUUAUAUGACAGAUUUGUGAUAUUGCUCAAUGAUCUGUCAUUGGUGGAUAAGGAAUAUGAUCUUGAAGAUUCAAAUAUGAAAUUCCUAUUAGCACUUCCUGAGAAGUGGAAUCUGAAAGUCACAACCAUAAUAGGUAACUAUGAACUUGAAGAUAUGUCUCUUGACGAAAUUCAUGCAAUGCUCAAGACUCAUGAACCUGAGAUGGAACAAAGAAGCAAGAGACAUGGAGGAAAAUCUUCGCAUUCUUUGUGUAAAGUUAAUAAUGGAAAAAGAGGAAUUUGA